GAAAAACUAAAGUUUAUACUCGGUCAAAAUUACCCUUCAGGGAUCUUAACAUGCGUUUAACAUAAAUUGAUUAGCAUAGACGAAAACGUGUUUGCAAUAAACCCUUUACAUACGUCAUGUGUGAACAAAUAUUGGCAGUUAGUUGCUGGACCCGGAAGUUUCUUCCUCAAGAUCCUGCUCACUUCAAGUGGUUGUUAAUACCCGGGCGCUCGCGCUGUAGAGGUGACGGUAGGUAAUACACGGAUGAAAGUAAACCGGAGACUCAGCUGUCCGUGGAGAGGAAUAUAAAAAUGGGAAACACUGACUCCAAAUUGCGUUUUAGGAAAGCGGUGAUACAGCUCACAACAAAAACACAGCCCGUGGAGGCCACGGAUGAUGCAUUCUGGGAUCAAUUCUGGGCCGACUCCACCACCACCAUCCAGGAUGUGUUCGCCCUGGUGCCAGCCGCCGAGAUCCGAGCCGUCAGAGAGGAGUCCCCCUCCAACCUGGCAACCCUGUGCUACAAGGCAGUGGAGAAGCUAGUGCAGGGAGCAGAGUCUGGCUGCCCCUCAGAGAAGGAGAGGCAGAUCGUGCUGAACUGUGCUCGCCUGCUCACCCGAGUCCUGCCUUACAUCUUUGAGGAUCCAGACUGGAGAGGGUUUUUCUGGUCCACUCUGCCCGGCGCUGGACGUGCUGGGGAGGAUGAAGGGGAUGACGAAGGUGCCAGGCCGCUGGCCGAGUCCCUCCUCAUGGCCAUCGCUGACCUGCUCUUCUGCCCAGACUUCACUGUGCAGAGCCACAAGAAAGCUGGACUGGACGGCCCAGAGGACAUGCAGUCUUUAGACAGCUGUGAGUACAUCUGGGAGGCUGGAGUGGGCUUCGCUCAUUCGCCCCCUCUCAACUACAUUCAUGACCUCAACAGGACGGAGCUGCUGAAGCUGCUCUUGACCUGUUUUUCUGAGGCCAUGUACCUGUCGCCCUCUACCGACAUCAACACCCCCAACCCCUGGGUCGCCUUCUUCUGCUCAGCCGACAACAGGCAUGCCCUCCCUCUCUUCACCUCUCUGCUGAACGUGGUGUGCGCCUAUGACCCCGUGGGCUUCGGCCUCCCCUACAACCACCUGCUCUUCUCGGACCAGCGCGAGCAGCUGGUGGAGCAGGCGGUGCAGGUGCUCAUGGUGGCCCUCGAGCACGACCUGGUCGUCGCCGCCGCGGCCCAGCAGGCCCUGGACCCCACAGCGGCCUCCUCAGAGCUGGAGGAGCAGGAGCAGCCAGUGGGCCCUGACAACCUGUUUGUAAAUUACCUAUCAAGGAUUCACAGAGAGGAGGACUUCCACUUCAUCCUGAAGGGCCUGGCUCGGCUCCUGUCCAACCCGCUGCUGCAGACCUACCUGCCCAACUCCACCAAGAAGAUCCAGUUCCACCAGGAGCUGCUCGUGCUCUUCUGGAAGCUCUGCGACUUCAAUAAGAAAUUCUUGUUCUUUGUGCUGAAGAGCAGCGAUGUGCUGGAAAUUCUAGUGCCCAUCCUCUUCUACCUGAAUGACUCCCGAGCAGACCAGUCCCGUGUGGGACUCCUCCAUAUUGGUGUGUUCAUCCUGCUCCUGCUGAGUGGGGAGAGGAACUUCGGCGUGCGCCUGAACAAGCCCUUCUCUCUGCGCGUCCCCAUGGACAUCCCCGUGUUCACCGGCACACAUGCAGACCUGCUGGUGGUGGUUUUCCACAAGAUCGUUACAAGCGGCCAUCAGCGUCUGCAGCCUCUGUUUGACUGCCUCCUCACCAUCAUAGUCAAUGUGUCCCCUUACCUGAAGAGUCUGUGCAUGGUGGCUGCCAACAAACUCCUCCACCUUCUGGAGGCUUUCUCCGGGAGCUGGUUCCUGUACUCCUCCACCCAAAACCACCACCUGGUGUUCUUCCUCCUGGAGGUCUUCAACAACAUCAUCCAGUACCAGUUUGAUGGUAACUGUAACCUGGUCUAUGCCAUCAUCCGUAAGCGUAACGUGUUCCACCAGCUGGCCAACCUGCCCUCGGACUAUGUCUCCAUCCAGAAGGCCCUGCAGAGGAAGAAGAGGACCCCCGCCGGCCUCUCCCAUGCCUGCUCCAUGGAGUCCAUCCCCAUGGAGGGCUCUUGUCCCGCCGUCCCCGCCGAGCCAGGAACACUUAAGACCAGCCUCGCUGCCUAUCCAGGCAUUGAGAAGCUGACGGAGAAGGCCCAGGUGUCAGAGGACGGCACCAUGGUGGCCCUGCAGAAGAGACACUCGUCUCAGGAGAGACACUCGUCUCAGCCGCAGGCCGACCAGAGCGCAGCCGCCGGAGCGAGCGACACCGAGUCCCACUCCGGGAGGGACAGUGAGGAUGUUUUCUACAGCAGACCUGAAGCGUCUAGGAGGCGCAUGUCCAGCACAUCGUCAUCUGUGUACUGGGUUCCCACACCUGAAUGGGUCCUCUCCUGGAAGAGUAAACUCCCUCUACAGACCAUCAUGAGACUCCUGCAGGUGCUGGUUCCGCAGGUGGAGAAGAUCUGCAUCGACAAGGGCUUGACAGAUGAGUCUGAGAUCCUGAAGUUCCUGCAGCAUGGCACCCUGGUGGGCCUGCUGCCCGUGCCCCACCCCAUCCUAAUCCGCAAGUACCAGGCCAACAUGGGCACUGCCAUGUGGUUCCGCACGUACAUGUGGGGUCUAGUGUACCUCCGUAACGUGGACCCCCCAAUCUGGUAUGACACCGAUGUGAGACUCUUUGAGAUCCAGAGAGUCUAAGGGAAGUGUGCCAAUGACAGCGAGAAGCAGUGGAGAAAAACUACAGGGACACUUCCUGUUUGGAAACUCUCAGCCAAUGACCUCCUGCCCAUUCACUUGAGCUGCCCAAUCAGUGAAAGAGGAAUAUGAGGGAAGAGAGAGAACUGUCGCCAUGCCAAAAGGCCCAGGAGGCCAUUUUGUUUCAAGAUGCCUGAUUGACCUUUAUGAAUUCUGCAACCAUGAGCUUGCCCCGGAGGCAUGACUAAAGUGCUUAAUGCACUUCCAAUGACUCAUCCAGCGAGCCACCUUCAGUUUACACCACCUCUGAUUAAUCCCCCCCCACAUACAUAUCUGCAUAUGUGAAUAUGAGACCACAAUAUACUGGAAGUUUUACACAUAUUCUGUCAUACGGUGCACUGUGUGGCCCCCUCAGAUGGGAUUUGUCAUUAUUUUAUUAUGACACAUGGAAUUUAGAAUGAAUCAUGGAUACACUGUAUCUUUGUAGUAUAUGUAAUUGAUCAUGUUUAACUCCUAAUUCACUUACACAGAGGUAAGGUUUCGUCAUUACAUUUCCAUGGAGGAAUGAACUGUGACACAAAAUACAAA